AUAUAUAUGCGUGUAUGUAUAAAAAAAAGAAAAAAUGGUGAAAGGAGAAAUAAUAGAGAGAAAAAAAAGUAUAUUAUAAUUUAACAGGCGCGCAUCACGACUAAAAGGAAAUAAUCGAUUUGAUUUAGAAAAUGGGUCGUCGACGACCCUUUAUCAUACCUAUUUUUACACCGAUAUUUUAAUAAGACUACUACUACAAUUACUUAAUAUUUACUACAACUACUACUUCUAAUUGUAAGAGUAGCUCGAGUCUUGUUUAUAGUUAAGCCGAAUUAACGCGGCCGAAUGAUUAUGCGCACACGAAUUCCUCUUUCGUUAAAUUAAUUAUUAUAUAUUCAUCGUCGUCUUUUCUUUUUUGUUUUCCUUAUCAAACGAUCGACUUGAAGGCGAGAAUUAUUGGCUAGAAUUAAAUCUCGGUGCGAUCUUCUGUAUGUAUGUAUGUAUGCGUACGUAUCAAUUUUGAAACAUACAAUGAAUCGAUGAGAACGAUAGAAUUCAUUUUAAGGAAGAACGAAAUAGACGUUCCUAUAUUUAACAAAAAAAAAAAAAAGAAAAAAAAAAAAAAAAAAUGUUUCAUCGAUCGAUGAAAAGAAAAGAAAAAAAAAAAAAAAAGAAAACAAAAGAAAAGAAAAGAGAAUGAAACUAUGCCAGUGAUUUUGGAUGUUAGCAGAAAAGAUUUUAUCGAAUAAGAAGAAUUUUGUCGGGUACAUGGAAUUAAAUUUUGCAGAGUAAUUUUUAUGAGGGAUAAAGGAAAGGAUUAUUAUUAUUAUUAUUAUCACUACUAUUAUCAAGAGCGAGGUCUAACAAUGAAAAAUAUUUUUACAGCAAAAUGUUCAGAGUUUUUGAGGUAAAAACGAAGACGAUCGAACUGUGAAGAGCUUUCAAAAGGCGUCAUAUCUUUUUUAAAAAAGGACGUAAAUACGAACAUGUUUUUUCUAUCGCGUAGCUUUGCUAGAUAAACGGUCGGUCGUAUACGACACGAUUGGAGAAUGUGUAAUUGGAGAAUAUAUAAUAGAUAAUUUAGCGAGACGCGUUAAAAUUUAGCCGAGACGCGUUUUCACGAGUUUAGAAAAUUUUUUGUAAAAAUAGAAAAAGAAGAGAACGAAGAAGAGAACACACGCUCCGAAUCGUCACGAGCUAUUUGUAACUUUUUUCGUGGCAUCGAGCUAAUUCUUAAUGGAUUGAUCUACGGCUCGAAUGCAUUGAUAAGAUUCGUGGACGUGGUAUAUAGAAGCGAUGCUGAUUUCACGAAGGGCUCGCAUAAUUUGUGCCGUUAUAUCGUUGGCGAAACUGGUGAAAGAAGAAGAAAAAGAAAGCAAGAGAAAAGAUGAAAAGAAAGAGAGAAAGAGAAAUAUUAUUCAGCUUCUUUUUCCUGAUAAAACGCACAAUUAUAGACCGGUGCGAUCGUCCAACGUAAAUUGAACGUACGUAAAUCUUUUCAAAACGCGAAACUUACUAGGCGAAAUAGCGUUAAAAAUAUAAAUAGAAUUUGUAGCUCGACGAUACGCGUAUCUGAUUAUUUACAUCUCAGACGUAACGAGAAACGAGAGGAAUAUAAAAAAGGAAAAGAGAGAAAAAGAGAUGUUAUUAAUUGCUAAGCUGAUAGAUAGUCGAGCUCAGAUAGGUUUCGUGAUUAAUAUCUCAUAGACAUGUCCGGCGGAUAUUCAGAUAGUCAAAUUCAAAAUAGGAUUAAUUUGUUAUCGUGCGGAGCGUUUGAGAAUUGUACUUGAGUAUUCAAGUCGAAUUGAUGAUCUCGAUAGAAAAAGAAAAAAGAAAAAAAUAAAGAAAGAGAAAUGAAAGAAGAAUUAUCGAGUUCUCUCUAUAUUAAAGAAUAAAAAUAAAAAUAAUUUACGCACCGUAAUUUUUUGUAAUCAAUGAUAAAUAUACUCGAGUUACUUCAAAAGAUGCUCCAUGCUCUCACAGUGAUAUUAUAUAAGAGAAAAUGAAGGACAGUAAUGUUGUCUCUCUUUUGUGCGACAUUCGAAAUUAUUCGAAAAUGUCGAUUACGGAAAUUCCUCCUUCCCGUUCUCGAGCGAUUGCAUUUUUCCAGCCUCGAGCAUAGCUGAAAUAUUUAAAGAUACAUUUGUAAAUAAAAACGAAGGAAGGAAAAAAAAUAAAAUGUAUACCGUAUCCGUUCAAUCGUGCUCGUACUUUUAUCGAUCUAUCGAUCUUUCCACGAAGUGUCUUAAGGAAAAUCUUUGUUGGAGCCUUCGACGAAUCUAACGAGCAUCCUAUAUACAUAGAAAGAAGAAUUUAAUAUGUGCUAAUAUGUUGAUAAGAUCUACAUUGGACGACACACAAUACAUUUUCGUCGACUUUCUUAAAAAAAAGAGGAAACACAAAAUGAAGAAACAUAAGAGAGAAGGAGAGAGAGAGAGAACGUGAGAGAAAAUAAACAAUGCUGAACAUAUAACAAUACAAAAAAUGAAUAGAUAUUCGAUAGUAAUCUCAAGAUUAGUAUAAUUUCGCGAGAAUUAUCUCGUUUUACCAAGACGAGCACGUAAAACGGAACGUUUUGGAGUUAAGGGAAUUUCAAUUCGUAAAACAUAAUAGAAUAUUUUCGAUGGUAUAGCUUUUAAUGUAAGCGCUAAUGAAGUUGUCAUUUUUUAAAUGAAAAAAAAAAAAGAUAUAGGUGAGAAUAAGAAAGGAAAAAAGGAAACAUGAAGAAAAUAAGAUCUUGUUUUUCUUUUUUCCCGAAUGCGUCGAGCUCGAAUGACUCUUCGAAUUUGUUAAUCUAACAAAAAAACAAAAAAAAAAACAAAAAAAAAAAUAAAAAAAGAAAAAAAUGUAUCUGGGAACACGAGUAUUGAUAGGGAUGCUGAAAGAAAAAUAGAAAAAAGGAGUUAACACAUGUGCGUGUGUAUGUUUGUGAAAAUAAGAUUACUUAAUGAAAGGCGUGUGUAUCGAUAAUUGGAAUACGAUUUGAAGGAUUUUCUGUUUUUCCUUACAAGCCGCAUUCAUGCAUACACACAUAUACAUAUUCGUAAAUAUAUAUAUAUAUAUAUGUGUAUAUAAAUUUACGUACACACCACAUACUAGCACAAACAUCACUCAUCUUGUGCCGAAUCUUGUAUUAUGACAUAUAUAUAUAUAUACAUAUAUAUAUAUAGCUAAUAAUACCAGAAACAACAGCUAUACAAUUUUUAUCAAUGAGAAUGCGUAUGAUGCGUGCAUAUAGCGUGUGUGUGUGUGUGUGAGAGAGAGAGAGAGAGAAAUUCAAGAGAAACAAAGAAACCAGAACCAUUGUAGUCGUUAUAUCGUUACUCAGUUUCGUUACAAAAGAGCCAUAUCAUGAAUCAAAUGAAAUUUUACUAUUGUAUGUACAUGUAUAGGUUUAUCUCGAUUGAAUAUGAAGAAAAUUGAUUUGGCUAUUUACUUGCUAUAUCAAAUCUUUAUAUAUAUCUAUAUAUAUCUAUGUAUAUAUAUAUAUCUAUUUAUAUAUAUAUAUAUGUAUAUAUAUAUAUAAUUAUAUUUAUAUAAAAUAUAAUAUAUAUACAUACACAGACACACAUUAAAAGCAUAUGUAUAUUUUACUUGUUAUGACUCUGACUAUUAUCGCAGUUAGUAUAUCUCGUUAUUAUUGUAUAUUACCAUUAUUACGAUUAAUUAUUACCAUUAUUAUUGAUUAUUAUGAUUAUUAAUUACCACUAUCACCAACAAGGUCAUUAUCAUCAUUAUCGUGUAAAAGGCGACGGUGGCGAGUAUAAUUAAAAAGAAAAUUUUGGUACUUUGAGAUGAAGUAAAAAAAGAGAUAGAAGAAAAAAAUGACAAAUAAACAAAUUGAUAAUUGAGAAAAAAAAAGAAACAAAACGGGAAUAAAAAUAACGAAACAUAAAACGCGAAUAGGACCGAAUGGUCCACUGACAAUUGUUGAUUUGCAAGAGCAGUGAUUCAAUAAACUUGUAUCAUGACUGAUCCGUUGCGUUCGCUCAUUGAUCCGUGCACGAUCAAGACGAAAGGAAAAAAAUCAAGGUUGAAAGAUAAAGUCUCGCGUUUCGCAUGACGAAACGUAGACUUAAUUGCAACAGCUUUGAUUAGAUGCGCGCGCGCGUGCAUUGACAAACAUCGCUUAAGUUUCGAACAGAGGAAAUCACAAUUGAAUCGAUUUCCAAAGGCGUUUGUUUCGUUUCUAAUUUCCUUUUCGUCUUAAACGUAACACGUUUACUCGUAAUUAUAAAUGCGUAACAAGAAACUUGCUACAGGAGGAUGUACUUGACAAAAAAAAAAAAAAGAAAAGAAAAAGAAAACAAAGAAGAACGAAUUAAUGAAACGUAACAAAUGUAGAAGGAAAGAGAUAUCUUUUUUGUUUUAUACAAUCAAUUUCUUCACACUUUGCGUUACUCUUGACUACAAAAAAAUUCAUUAUUUAAAAUGAUCCGGUCUACGUCUAUUAAAAGUGAACAGUGUGAUAUAAAAUCAUAAAUAAAACUGACUAAAUUAAACAACAAUGAAUUUAACGAAACAAUAUUGAAUAAGAUUUUCAAUUGAUUUGCAUAUAUUUCAAAACAUUUCAUUCGAUGAAUGAAUAUGAUAAUUAACAGCAUUUAAGUAUAAAAAAAAAAAAAUUAAUUUUCAACCAGAUGUCUUUUGUCAGCCCAACUCUAUGCUUUUUCGCAUUUGACGUCUACGCGUAUAUGUAUUUAUAUACGUAUAAAUGUAUGUACACAUUAAUGAUCAAAUGUUUAUUAUCGACAGCUUAAAAUCUCGAAGAAACGCGUAAGUAUUGCGUUAUCUGAAAGUCACUCGCGGAUAAAAAAAAAGUGAAUUGAGAGAGAGAGAGAGAGAGAAGAGAAAGAAAGAUGAAAAAUACCUCGAAAGCUAUUAUCUUUUAAUCGCUACAAUAUGUUGCUCGACGAGAGAUAAUGCUAUGUGAUGAAAGGAAAAAUAUAUUCUAAUUUUAGUCGAUGAGUAUAAUGCUUGAGGACAAACGGUGACAUUAAUUCGUUAUUGGCGAGGUGCAAUAAUUAUAACAGUGCACGUAGAUAGCUAGUCUUUCAAAAGAAGAAUAAAAGAGAGAGAGAGAGAGAGAGAGAGAGAGAGAGAGGAAGGGAGGGAGAUCAAGCAAGUAAUUCAACAUCUGCACGUUAUCGGAAACUCCUUUGAUUUAUUAUCGUUGAAAAUCGUUGUCUACUGUACUCCAAAGAUUUCUUAUUUUUUCACAGAGUUUUCACAUUAUUUACCAUGCCAUUUAUACCUACACCCAUAUUUUCCAUUUAAAAAUAAAAUCUCUUGUAUUAUUAAUCUUGUUCAUUUGUCAAAGGUUCAUUUGUCAAAACAACGAGAAAAGUCUAUUUAUAUUAAAAGAGAAAAAAAAGAAAGAAGUAGUCACGAGCUCGUUACGAUUUAUAAUUUACUAAAUGCAAACGUAAUAAUAUCAUAGAACAUAGAAGAAGAGUUUUCUCUGGUCUUACGUAUCCCGGUAAGUCUGCUCUAUUCUCAGAUCCGUCUUUCGAUCCAAAAAUACACACACAUACCCACGAACAUAUUGAAUAUAUAAACUCUUCUCUAGGCCUUCUAUUUCUCUUCUGUGAGAUCGACAUUCUGCAAUUCGUAAUAGUAUGCUUUUCCUUGAGAAUGAUUCGUUGAUUAACGACCACAUGCUUUAUCUAAUUUCUUUUUUUUUUAUUUCCAUGUUUCUCAAUUAUUUAACUUUAUCGCGUAACAUACACUUCAUCUUGACAGAUAAACGAAUAGGCUAUAUAUAUAUUUAGAUAUGUAUGUAUUUGGGAGUUCUUUUAAACGUCUCUCAAAUUUUUAAGAUCGAACAUCACGACGACGAACAGUUCUUCCUCUUAUCACGGUACACAUCGAUUGACAAGAUUCAUCGUCUGUCUCCUUUUAUCUCGUCAAAAGUCAUGACAAAGAAAAUCACGUUUCAAAGCCGAAUGUCAAGGACGUCUUUGAACAUGCAGGGUCAGAGACAGAGAAAAAGAAAGAUAGCGAGAUAAAAAGUACAAUUUAAUCAAAUCUUCUACGAUAAAAUUGAUUCUAAUGUCAGUUUCAAAUCGAGUUUAGUCACGAUCAAAAGAAAGAUCGUUUAAAGUUGAUUACAUUAGCCUUUAUCAAAUUUCAUUCGUAAACGUAAAAUUAUUGUUACAUCUGGAGAAUUAUUCCAUAAUAAAAAAAAAAAAAAAAAAAAAAAAAAAAAAAAAAUAAUAAUAAUAAUAAUAAUAACAAUAAUAAUAAUAACAGUAAUAACAAUAAUAAAAACAUGUUGCGUGUAACGCGAUGCAAUUUAUUAUCGGUAUUAUUUAUCCGCCUGCAAUAAAUUCACUACCAUGGAAAUCAUCCUUAGAAUGUCGUCGAAAUUAUAUAAAAAAGAAUGAUAAAAGGAACGGCCGAUAACCCAAGUUCUUCUGAGUGUGUGUGUGUGUGUGUAUGUGUAUAUGAAUGUAUGUAUGUAUGUACCGUAAGUAUAUAUGUAUGUAUGCGAACGCGAGCGUGUAUAGAACGUCGAUUCCUAAUGCCUUUACCACAUAGGCGUAAGGGGAGAAUGUAAAUAACGGAUCGCGAAAUCAAACUAUUAGAUAUUUCAUGUUUCGAUUUCACGAUAUAUCGACUUUGGAAUUAUUUAAACGUGACGGUUUUAUAUUCAUUGUGGUGAGAUCGCUGGAAAGGUAACCGUUAGACGUUUUCGAACCUAACGGAAUAAAGAAGUAUAUCGUUUCGGAGAGAGGAUUAAAUCAUAAAACUCGCCAAAUUUUAGAAUGGAUCUAAUCCAAAAAGAGAUGAAAAAAUCUUGUUGUAAUAGUUUAAAUGAAAAAAUGAAUGUUUAAUUAACAUACAUACAUACUUAUACAACAUUUUACUUCUUCAACAAAGAAGAAUAACUGUGUAAGUACUCAAUGAACUACUCAAUCGAGUAUUGGCUUUUAAAAAUUAACAAAAUAAAAAUCAAUUUCAAUUAAAAUUAAUCUACUCGAUUAAGUCUAAUCCAUAGAUAUCAUUUGAAUAGAUGUUAAUCGUAACAAUAUAUUAAAAAAGGAUCAAGUAACUAUCUUAGAAAGAUCGCGUAAUAUCGAUCAUUAAAAAAAGAUAAUAUUGUGCGUGCAAACAAUGGGAAUACAGAAAAAAUAUGGAUUGUAGUUCGGAUUGCAGGAGGAAGAGAGAAAAAAAGAAAAAAGGAAAAGAAAAGAGAAAAAAAAUAGAAAAAAGAAAAAAGCGUAAAAUCGUUUUAACGACUGGAAGGUAGUCUUGUUCGAUCAAUUAAGGCGUUACGCCAUUGGUCUCUGUUGUACCGUACUGAACUAUACAUAUUACUACACGAGAGGCACGCACAACGUGCACGUGCGUGAGCUGACCUCGCUUUGUCCACGCACCUCCCGCAUGUUCCUUGAGCGAAUCGCGUAUUGCACACAGUUCAGAGUGUCGAGAGGGAGAGACGAAGAAAAGUGAGAUAGAGAUAGUGAGACCUUCGUUGAGAUAUAUACAUACGUAAGUAUAUCAAACAGAUAUACAUUCUGAGUUCCACGUGCCCGCGAACCUCGCUUUCGUUUCUAUCAUGACGUAGAAAACGCUCUCUCUUCUCUCUAAUUCAUGGCCUCACUAUUACUCUCUCUCUCUCUCUCUCUCUCUCUCUCUCUCUCUCUUUAUCUCUUAUAUCGAAUUUAAUCGUAUUCGAUCGUGCUCGAGUGACUCGUGUGCAAAAAAACGUAGAAAAUCCAACAUGUUCGCGUGCAUUUCUCUUAUAUCGGUCCGAUCGAUUCUUUCAUGAAAGUAGAAAUAAAAAUAUCCCUUUAACAAAUGCUAGAAGCUCCCUCAAUGUUCUAAUGCUACUAACUCGACGAUUCAUGAAGCCUAAUGUUAUCGUAAUUUUCUUUUUAAGAGGCUUGUAUAUCCGUCUCGUAUAAUCUCAUUAUUCUUUAUCUCUUUACGUAUAUACACGUAAGAUUAUUCCAAUCUGUUGUGUUAUCGCUUCAAUUGGAUAUCGAUCCUAGGGAUAAAUAAUUGAAAUUUUUAAUUAAAAUGAUUUGUAUAUUUUUUUCUUCCUUUCAUCAUAUACAUAUAUGUAUAUAUCUUUGUUGUAUAUAAAUGUAUAUCUAAGCGAUUUAGUUGCGUCGAUGUAAUAACAUAUAUGGAUGUAUCAAUUCAUUAAUACACCAUAUAGAGAUGUAACGUCAAAAGUGUUUCGAGUGCUCACGAAAGAAAGAUCCUUAGAGUGCGAUUAUUGAUCAAGGUUCUCAAUGAAUGGAUUUUCACGAGGGGGAAAACGAUGAUCGUUAAUGAUCUCCAACCGAGCUAAUAUAUCCUAGGGCGAAUUGGCUAAAGUGGUAUGACCCCAAGUAUAUCUAAUUUUCAUUUAUCAUGAAUUGAAGUUAUCUAUAUUAAAGCGUUGCUUCGUCGACGUUAAAUUUACGUCGAUGACGAAACGAUUAUCGAUUCGACGAUUAAAAGAAAAAGAAAAGAGAAAAUAAAAAUGACGAAAGUAGUAUUAUUUUAUUAGGAUUAAAUCGUAUCAAUUAUUAAAUCAUUUCUUUCAUUCAUCAAGGAGACCUCGAGGAGCCUGUAAAAAACGGAAAAAACUAUCUACUAUUUAUCGUUUCUGAUACCCCGUUGACACCUGACGUAUGAUAUACUGAAAAUCUCAGUGACGUCAUCGGUCAUUAGAAAAUCGUCGCAAUGACUCAUUGUGAUAACCAUUUUUCUCUCUCCCUUUUUUGCUUUGUCUCACGAGUAAUAUUCUCAUAAUGUCGUACAAUUCCUACGAGAAUUUUACGAGAAAUUUAACGAGCUGCUUUACCGUUAGAUAUACGAAAAGCUUCUAUCACAUAUGUGUGUACACACACACACACACAUAUAUAUAUAUAUAUACAUUUUAUUCGUGUUUUUGAUCACUCGACUUCGAAAUCGACACGCGAGUGGUUUAAUAUUAAUUAACAUAUUGAAAACGUUAGCAGUAACAUUUGAACAUCGUUUUUGAUCAUUUAACCGCAAAAUACCAUUACCGUAAUAAAAUGUCGCAGGUAUGUUUACUCGUGCUCACUCACACGUACACGCUUAAACGAUUUAUGUUUUAGUAUCGUCGUAAACGGGGAAAAGUCAUUCGAAAAUAUUUUUUAACAAUGCCAUCUACGUAUAAUAAUAAAUACGUCGUAUGUGUAUAUAUAUAUAUAUAUAUAUAUAUAUACGUAUGUAUGCGAGGUGAAUUCAUUGUAAUAUUUAAAAUUCACAACGCAUCGUUUUCACAGACAAUUGAUCGAUAAUUCAUUCUACGCAUGAUACGCGCUGAUGUUGAAGAUGGCGUUGUCGUCGCGUGUCGUAGUGAGCGCUAGCGACGGAGCAAGUAGGAUCGACCAAUCGGUGUGCAGGAACGGACCUUCCAUUCGCCGUGCCCGUGCGUAAUCGCACUGCCGACAAAGAACAGCUGGCGACUCGAUGCGUCAGAGGGAAACGCUAACAACGAUGAUAGUAGCGGAGCGGAGGAAGAACGUCCUCGUGAAUGUUGCCGCCGUUGCCACCGUCGUCUUCAUCGAGACAUAAAUUAAAAAGAUAAAGAAGAUAAAAGGAAAUAUAUUAAAUAUACAGAAAGAAACAAGAGAAAUAUAUAGAAACGCGUACACUUAGAAAGAAAGAAAGAAAUAAGAUAGAUAGAUAAAUAUAGAUAGAUAUAGAUAGAGAAAGAAAAGGAAAUAAAGAUAAAAGAAAUUGUAUGAAAUAAUUGGGAAAAAGAAAAGAAAAGAAAAAAGACAAAAAGAAACAAGAAAAGAAAGAAAAAGAGAAGUAAAUAAUCGUUCGGCAGAGAAAUCGAGCCCGUUCGAGAGGCAAUCGUGUUCUCUGAAUGAUCUACGACGUGAUCAGACGUCGUACGCGAGGUAGCUCACAGAGAAGAAGGAACAACAGCGUACGUCGAGAUCGUCGUAAUAAAACGAGAUCUUCCUCGUCAUCGUCAUCGUCCUCGUCAUCGUCAUCAUCAACGUCAACGUCAUCAUCGUCAUCAUCCUCAAGGAGCAACGGGAUCGUCUCGGCGAUCGAUGCGGCAUAGUGAAACCGGGGCCGUACUCGCGAGCUUCGAGAAACCUGGGGUACGGCCCCGAUCGAGCUGACUAUAGGAGUGGAAUCCCUCGAGGUGACGCCGAGGGAUAGAGCGAAGAACGGCGUUUUUCUUCUUCUCUCUCUCUUUUUUUUUCCCCUCCCUAUCCUUUCCUCUCUUUGUCGAAAAGACGAAGAAGAGAGAGAGAGAAAGAGAGAGAAAGAGAGAGAGAGAGAGAGAGGGCGGCUGCCAUUUUUCAAGCGACCAUUGCUAAGCGCAAAGUACGGAUGCUUCGAGUUUCUCGAAAUCGGUGAGGUAGCCUGAACGAGAGAGGAAAGGGUCUCAUUUCGCUCUCGAGCGAACGGCACGAAGAUGCUCUACAUAUUUCACGUGGAUACCGGUACCACCAUUACUUUCGACAUCAAGUUGGCCCUGCAGAGUGUCGCUCAAUUGAAGGAGGCAAUCGAGAGAGAAUGUGGGGUUGUGGCGGUUCACCAGGUGCUCCUCAUGAGCGGAGGCGAAAGCUUGGAACCGAACGCCCGUGUGUGUUCCUACUCGGCUGGAACCGAUACGAAUCCGAUCUAUUUAUUCAGCAAGGCCGCUAUUGAGAGCAACCUUCCGCCCACGCCGAGCAUAGACUACGGUUCCGAUGUGGAUCUUCAGACUCAAAUCGAUACUUCUCUUGAGAUGCCAGCUACUUAUCAGACUCUCGUUGCACGCGCUCAGCUUGCUCAACAAUGCUGCGGGCUGGCACGCGAACAAACGAGAAUUUGUGAAAGACUGGUUCACGAUCAACAUCUCCAGCAACAGGGUUGGGCCGCGGUGGUUGCCAAUCUUGAAGACAUUACGCAGAUGUUUCAAUCGAGGGCCGAACUGUUGCAGCAAAGCUUUACCGUUUACCUUGCCGAGAGGCAACAACAAAUGCAACUUUUGAACAACUUCCAGCAGGAUUUGGAAACUCUAGCAAAGAUUCCAAUUUUACCGGCAUUGAGGGCCCAAGCGGAAGGUCUUCUUAGUCCAGACGAUCAAGGAGAGAACUCGGAGCAACAGUCAGAGAACAGCGAGGAAGUUUUAAGUCUUCUUCGAUGGAUCUCCGCGAAGGACAAUCAAAGUAGUUUGGAACAGGUGGCCGAGCAAUGCAGCCGAGGCUUGGAACAGUUUGACGAAAGGGUGAUGGAAACAUUGAAGGCUGAAGUAAAUGCCGCGAUUGACAAUGCAAACAAGCAAGACAUGAAAGAAAUAAAGGGCCUUGGGGAGAGGCUCUUUGCUCUCGAACAACUAAUGGCACAAACGAAGAAGCUCGUUCACGAGCAGGGCGAGCUCGCUCAGGGAUUUCUUCAGAAUCAAAAUCGCGCAAACAAUCUUGGAGAUGCUAGCGUAUUACCUGAUCUCUGCACCUCGCAUAGGAGGCAAUUAGUUGUUAUGCUUCAGAAUCACAAUCAGCUGCGUGACAUUCGGCGCAGGUGUACCAAAGCAAAAGAGGAAUUGUCGGUUAAUAUCUAUCAUCGGUUGAAAUGGAUAAUGUACGUGGAGAACAAGAUGAUGGAGGUUGACGGUAAACUCGUGAUGUAUCACGAGAGCCUGAAACGUUUAAGACGUCAUCUCGAGGUACUGCAGCAGAUUCACUUGGCACCUCAAAUGUAUUUGCGUGCUGUAGCUGAGGUUGUCAGAAGGCGAACCUUUUCGCAAGCAUUUCUUGUGUGGGCCAGCAAUCUUGCUUGUCAGUUGUUGACCGUACAUACAGAGGAACUGGCACGUAGGCGCGAGUUCCAAAGUAAAUUUGAUGGUCAUUUCUUGAAUACCCUCUUCCCUGGUUUGGAGGACACGCCACCGCCCUAUGCCACCGAGGCACCCUCGGUUUUCGACAAUGGAUUACCAAAAUUAACUGCGAGCGAUAUGGAAUCCCUAAGAUCACAAUUGCCUGGUUUAGCGCUGAGCAUUUCUACGCCGGAUUUGAACAGUAUAACGCAAUUCUUUUUGUCAAAAAGUCUCACCGAAGCAAGCACGGAAGGGAACAAAGAGAAAGAAAGUAUGUCGACACGGGUAGAUGGUCCUUCGAAAGAACAGGAUCGCGUUAGAGUACCGGCGCUGGGUGACAGGGGUGGAUUUGAGUCGGAAACGGAUACGGAAGAGUUCGAGAAAAUAGGACAAGGGACGACCGAUUCGAAACCUAGUUCCUUCGAUGGCACCCAACAGAAACGUCAGAAACAAUUGGAGGUUGGUGCCUCGCGAAGCGUGUCCCCCGCUUCCUCCAGCUCGACUAACGUCUCGCCAUUAAACACGAAGGUCGCAGACCUAACAAGCCGAUUUUCCACAUCGAACGAACCCAGUUCCUUCCAUUUUCCUAGUCUUACCAUCAGCGAACGACCCUCUCAGCUAAGUCCUCUCACCGAGUGCGCGGAGAACGGUGAAUCUUCCAGUCAAUUGCAAAGUGCUACAUAUGGUUUUCCAAAGCAUCGGCAAAUAACUCCGUCCGUAUCCUCCGACAAGAUCGAGGAAUCAAAUUCCUUAUGUCCGAAUCCUCCUACCUUACCUCACUCCGUGACGUGCGACGGCCAGCAACAACAGUUACAAUAUUACCAGCUGUCCGGUAGCGGUGGUAGCAGCCCUUCCAUCGGGGUUGGCGCUACUGACUUCAUGGGUACCGAGUUUUACAUGGACGAUUCUUUGCCGAGCAGCCUCAGCGAACCUCCUGCCGACGGGCAUCAGGCUAUCGUUUCCUUUCUUCAGGAGAGCCUUGGCAAUACUCGCGAAGAAGUGGAAAGAUUGCGUUCGGUUCUAAGGAGUAUGAAAGUGAUCGUGAGCGAAGCCUUGACCUCCGUCCGGAAAGAGUUGGUUGUUUUACGAGAUCGAUCGGAUUUUGGUAACAGCGGUCUUGCAGAGUUGACAAAGCGUAUUCGUCAGGCGUUAACAUUAUACUCGAACGAGUGCGAUCGUCGUUUGCGAGAACGAGAGCAAGAAUUAACCGUCGAUCACGAGCUUGAAAUGGGUGACAUUAAGAAGCUAAUGCAGAGCCGAGAUGAAGAGAUCCGUGCCGUGAAGAGGACUCUGUUAGAAAAAGAAACCGAAUUAGCCGAGCACGAACAUCUGCUUAGCACAAUGCGUCAGAAAUUGGAUGCCGAACAAACGGACAUGAGGAAUUUGCAAUCCCGUCUCCAUCGGCAAAUGGAUGAGACCUUGGAACAGGCUCGUAUUGACAAGGAAACAGCUGUGGAGAAGGUAAAUGAUGAGAAGUUUGUGGAAAUCGCUUCUUUGACCAAUUCCUUAACCCAAUGUCAGAAACGCAUAAAAGAACUCGAAGAGAAUUUGGCAGCUGCUCGAACGGAACAACAAAAAAUGGUGAAGGAAGCUACGGACAAAUUGCAAUUGGAGUAUAAGACCGAAUUAGAGGCUAUUAGAAAUCUCAAAUUAACGGCGGUUAGUAUAAUGGAAAGGAGUCCUAGCGACUCGAGUUUGGAAAAGAUAGAGCGGCCUGACGUUAUUGAACUUGUUAAUCACGAGGCUAUAUUAGCGCAAGCGAAGGAAGAUAUGAAACUCGAAAAAUCAGCUGCAGUCCGUACCGCGAUUGAAAAAGAACGAGCCGAUUGCGUGGCUAAAUUGGAUCACGAGCUUCGAUUGGCCAGGCAAGUUCUACAAGAGAGGGAGCGAGAAAUGGAGUUAUAUAGGAUAAGGGAAGCUGCACUUACGGAAGAAUGUGGACGGUAUAAAAGUACAAUUAGACGAUUAACCAAAUCUGAAAAUUUGUCUAGGCAGGCGCUCAAUGAAAAGGUAGAAAAUUUAGAAACCGAUAAAAGUUGGCUAGAAGGGAAACACUCUUCCGAGAGAAUGAGUCGGGAACAAAAAGAGAAUAUAGUUCUUAUAAUCGAAUCGACAUCGCGAAAGGAAUUUGGCGACGAUCGCUUGGAUAUGGGUCAAAGCAAUUUGGGAGAAGCUAUGAAAAGUUUGGAAAGUGAUAAGGAUGAGGUUGAGGCAUCGGAAUCAAAAAAAGUACGGUUGGAAGCGGACGACGAUCAUACUCGUUUAUCGAGACGACUUGAGAUUCUUGAAAACGACAAUAAGAGAUUAUCGGCAGAAUUGAAAAUAAUAAAAGAGAGUAAAGAAGUUUCUGACGCUAAAAUCGAGGCUUUAGAGGCCGAUAAGGUUCGCUUGGAAAUCGAAUUAGUGAAGGAACGAGGUAGAAGAGAUUUCGCAGAGUCCUCAUCUUCGGCCGAUGGUCGUGAAAAGGAAAUGAACGCUUCCGUUGCCAUUGUUUCUGGAUCGUCAUCGAGUCGCGAUGCCGCGACCAGUCCGGAUGGCGCCGUACCUUACUUUCACUUGUCGCACCUUUGGAAAAAAAAGAAUAUCACGAAAUUGGUUCAACAGGGUCGUAUUACAGUAACCACGUGCAAUCCCGGAGACAUGGUCCUCGUUGUUUGGGAUCCGGUUCAUUGGAGUUAUGCCUUGCUUCAGGAAUCCUCGACUCUUUAUUUUGUAAAUUCGGAUUGCGUAGAGUCCUUAGGAUUUACUGCCGAUGGAGCUCCGAAAAUAUUCGAAGCCAUCGUCGAGGUUAUCAAUAAGGAGUACUGCAUAGCUAGGAAGUCGACAAAUCGAUACCGCGUCUCUCAAGGCACUAAGUUCUACCAAGUGCGUAUAAAGCCAGUGGAAGACGUCGUUGAGAAAACGAAAUCUCAGAUGGCGAAAGGCGAUGGGGAAUAAUUUUUAUUCGAUAUGUCCGUCAAUCUUCAGCUUUUAGCAGCACUAUGGUCAUGGAUAAUUAAUCGAUGUGUGGUGCGCUACUUGUUUUAUCAGUGAAAACGAGAGAAAAUAUCUGGAACCAUCUGGAAAACCAAACUGAAAACUCGAAUCAUGGUUCAAAUUUGCCAGAGCCUCAAGAUGCAUCCUCAUUGUCGAUGAAAAUAAAAAUAUAUGGAAGAAUAAGUGAGAUGUGAUAUUGAAAAUAUGUGAACGGAUGCGCGCUGGCGUUUCAUUGUGAUAUAAAUAAUUUUUAAUGAAUGAAACAUAAUUGCCGAAUGCUGUGGUGGUUAGCUGUG